AUGCGUUUUCUUCGUGCAAGCUGCCAAGCAGCCCUGAUUGCUACCCUGGGAGGUCUUGUCUCAGCGUCCAGCCUCAAGAACGGAUACUAUGACUACAUUGUCGUUGGAGGUGGCCCUGCUGGUAUCAUCGCCGCCGAGAAGUUCAUCGAGGCUGGUAACAAGGUCCUUCUCGUCGAGCGAGGCGUCGGCCCUACUGUCGCAACGGGGGCGAACGAAACCCUCGUGUGGAACAAGGACUUGACCCCCAUCGACCUACCCGGUCUCUCCGCUGACGUCGGUAGCCUUGACCUUUGGGAUGAAUACCUGUGUAGUGAUACCGCUGGAUACGCUGCCUGUGUCCUCGGUGGAGGUGUGACGAUCAACUACAUGGUCUUCGUGCACCCUCCUGCCCACGACUUCGAUGACAACAACAACUGGCCCGAGGGAUGGAAGUGGAAGGACCUCAAGUCUGCAGCUGAUCGUCUGUACAAGCGCAACCCUGGAACCAUCUUGCCCUCUGCCGAUGGCAAGCGCUACGAUCAAGGACUGUACAAAGUGCUUUCCAGGUUCUUCAACAAGCUUGGCUGGAAGUCCGUGGACAUGAUUACCCAGCCCGAUGAGAAGUACCAGGUCUACAGCUACCCUGCCUGGAAUAUCAAGGAUCAGAAGCGUGCUGGUCCCGUCCGCACUUAUUUGCCCGAAGCAGAAAAGAACGAGAGCUUCGAUCUGAACCUUGGAGCAAAGGUUAUCCGUGUCGUGCGCUCCGGUAGCCAGGUCACAGGUGUCGAGGUGAAGCUUGCCUCUGGCAAGACUGAGAUCGUUUCUCUUGCCGAUAACGGGCGCGUCGUUCUCGCUGCUGGUGCCCUCUCCACUCCCCGUCUUCUCUUCAACUCCGGCAUUGGCCCCAAGAAGCAGAUCAAGACCGCCAAGAUGAGCGGCAUCACUGUUCCCUCCGAGAAGGAGUGGCUUGAGCUUCCCGUUGGUGUCGGCCUCCGUGAUCACCCCAUCUUCUCCAUCUACGUGGAGACAGGCGGCAACUACGGUGUCCCCGAUUACGACGCCAUUAUUAAUGGCAGCGAUACCACUGACAUCAACCUCUACAAGAAUGGCGAUGGUCUCUUGACCCAAGGCAAGCACCGCAUGAUCUUCUUCAGCUCCAAUGAGCUGCACGGCCAGACCCGCUACUACCAGGGCUCCUGUGCCCCCAAUGCAGGCUCCGUUCUCGGUAUCACCACCUAUCUGACUCACGGAUCUACCUCUCAGGGUGUUCUGGGUCUGGAUUCCAACCAGAAUACCGUUAUUGAAAAGUCCCCUUACAUGCAGACUGCUGACGACCGCCGGGCGGCUCGUUCCUUUAUCCAGCAGCUGGUCAACGAUAUCCAGAACCCCUCUACUGGUUUCAAGCUGGAGACUAACCUUAACACCACUGCUAUUCUCGCUUCCCAGUCCCCUGGCAUGCACUACACUGGUACUGCUAAGAUGGGCACCGACAAUGGUCUUGAGAACGGUACUUCCGUUGUGGAUGUCAACACCAAGGUGUAUGGAAUGGAUAACUUGUACGUUGUCGAUGGCAGUAUCCACCCGGACCUGCCCACUGGUAACAUCCAGACCACCAUCAUGAUCAUUGCGGAGGCUGCUGCUGCGCGCAUCUUGGCUCAAAAAUAG